AUGUUACAUAAACUAUUAGAAUAUUUGGAAUUGUGGAAGAAUACAACAAUAUUAACUACAAAAGAAGAAGUGAUUGUUAAAAAAACUGAAAUAAACAAUGAAUAUCAAUUGCAACUCAAAUUGCAUGAACCACGCAUUCGUCGAGUGAAAGAAGAUGUAGCAAAUGUACGAUUAACUGAAUUAGCCCUACAUCAAACCCGUAUUGAACGACAUGUCACAUCAGUCAAUUUAAUAUUGAAUGAAAUGAAAAGUAAUUCGCUGAAAACAUUAAUUGAAACAUUGAAUAAGUCGGAAGAACAAAUGAAUGCGGCAAUUCAAAACGCAAUCAAUUCAACAUUGAAUAAAGCCACGAAAUCUUCAAUACUCCUAUUAUUACGUAAACGUGUUGAACAUUUGGCUAAUUCCCACACGGAACGUGUACGUCAAGCAUUGAAAUUAUUUCGACAAGAUAUUGAAAAUCAAAUACAAACUGUGAAUAAUUCUAAUUUAAAAUUAAUUGAAUCAUUAGAGCUUUUUACUGAUGGAGGUAAUUUUGCAACUACUGAAGCUAAAAAAUACUCUACUCAAUUAAAUCAAUUAACUAAAACAAUUCAAUUGUUUGAAGAAGAAUCCGUUGGUAAUAUUGAAUCCAUUGAAAAAGAGCGCCAAUUAAUUACGGAAAAUAAAUUAAAACAAUUUGAAGCCAUGUUAAAGCCACAUUUAGCUGAUGUUAUUUAUAUGGAAAAUAUGAUACGUUGUGUAACAAAUUCUGAAGUACAAAUCAAAGUACAAACAGAAGAUAAUUUAAGUCAAACCAAAUUAUUAACAAGUCAAAUUGAACAAUUUGAAUUUUUCAUUCAAACACUUAAACAAACAAAUCAAAUCAUAUCAUCCAAUAUUGGAACAUUGAUCAAUGAGAAUCAAUUUGACAAGAAACAACCGCAACAAUCGCAACAACCAUUCAGUAUGAAGGAGAAAACGCGCCAAAAAGAAUUCAUGAAUAAAACCAUUGAAUUAUUGAACACAAUUUGUACAAACACAUCGGAUCGAUGCAUCUUUUUAAAUUGUUUACGUAAUCAAUUUUUGAUGAACACUAAUAAUCAUGACGAUGAUAAUGAUGUAGUCAAUAAGCAAAAUGAUAUUUCUGAUAAUAAUAAUAAUAAUCAUAACAGUUUUACGAAAAAUAAUAAAGACAAAAUGAUUAUUAAUUCAACAACAAAUCCAGUAUUACUACAACAAUCAAACAAUUUGAUCACGGAUACAAUGUUCAAUUAUUUAAAAUUUUAUUAUUCAAAAUUAUCAUCAACUUAUGAAGAACAAUCAUUUCAACAACAAAAUGAUAUAGAAAAUAACAUUAAUCAUAAUAAUUCCCUGUUAUUUAUGAAACAAUUUUCAAAAUUAUUCAAUGCUAACUCGGAAAUGAUACUACUGUCCAAUGAUUCCAAUCGAUUUUUCCCCAAUGACCUUGACUCGAUCGAUAAGACGAAAGCAGUAGCCGCAGCCGCAGCCGCAGCAACAACUCCUCCGGUAAAAUCUCUCCCAUCGCAUACAUUUCAUCAGUUAUAUGACAUGAUUCGUGAAAUUCAGUUGAAAUUAAUCAAUCAAGACAAAACUACACCCCCACUGUUACAUAAUCAUGCUAUGAUUACAGAGAAUAUGAUGAAACCUAACGGUGACAUAAUACCUAAUCAGAAUGAUUGUAGUAAUCAUGCUAAUCAUAACAGUAAUCUAUUCUCAUUUUUAAAUACUCCUCCACUGCCUCCUAGUUCAACAGUAUUCGGUGAAAAGCUAAAAUCAAUAUCUGAAAUAAGCCAUAAUCAAUUUGAUUUUCCCGUACCAGCCGUUUAUAAUGAUAAUAACAAUAAAAAUAGUAGUAGUAUGAAUCAUAACUCAAGGUCACUCAUUCUAACGAGUACCACCACCCCAUUGUCCUCAACACAACUACCAAUGAUUGAUGGGGAUAAUUUCAGUUUAAUGAAACAACAACAAAACACCAAUUCAUUGUUCAAUAAUGGUGAUGGUACAAAUUCAAAUUUCUCUUGUUUAUCAAACAUUUCUUCCAAUGGAAUAGAUUAUAAUCAAUCAAUAUUUUAUAAUCCUAUCACUAAUAAUACUACUACUAAUACUACUUACAAUGAUAAUAAUAAUAUUAAUCAUGGUGAUAGUGAUCAUCAUAAUCAACCAUGUUUAGAAGAUGUAAAUUUAAAACAUUUUACAACAACAACAACAACAACAACAACAUCACCACCACCAUUGUCAAAAUUCAAUUUAUCCGCCAAAACAGAUUCAAAUUUAAAUAAUCACAUUAAUUCAACUAAACAAUAUUAUUAUCAUCAUCCUCAUUUGAUGCUGAAUCAAAAUGUGAAUUUCAAUGAAACUAAUCCUCCGACUUCUUCUCAUCAUUAUCAUCAUCAUGAAAAAGAUGAUGAAUUGUUGAAUAAACCACUGGAAUCAAUCAACCAUCAUCAUCAUUUUCAGCAUCAAAAUGACUCAACCAUACAUAUUGAACAUGAUCAAUAUUCAAUAGAUUUAGUGAGGAGUAAAAAAGAUGUUCAUUUAAAACAAGUGAAAAAAUUCAAAUCAACUUAUGAGAAUAUAGAAGAGAAAAAGAAUGAAUUAGAUUUGGAAAUAUUAGAAAAACCACAACAGCAUCAUCCACAUGUGAAAUCACAUCGAUUAAGUAAAUCCAAUCUAGAUCAGUCUUGUGAUAAAUCUUCUUCGCAUAUUAAACGACCAAUGAAUGCAUUUAUGAUAUGGGCAAGAGAUGAGAGAAGAAAAAUUUUAAAAGCAUGCCCUGAUAUGCAUAAUAGUAGUAUAUCAAAAUUUCUUGGUGCAAAAUGGAAAUCAAUGAGUGCUGAAAUUAAACAACCGUAUUAUGAAGAACAAGCACGUUUAAGUCGUCAACAUAUGGAAGAACAUCCGGCGUAUCGUUAUAGACCACGUCCAAAACGUACAUGUAUAGUUGAUGGUCGUAAAUUACGUAUAUCCGAAUAUAAAGAAUUAAUGCGUUCACGUGGUGAUUCAUCAUCAUCUUCAACAUCCUUAUCACGUAGACAAUGGAUUAUGAAUAAUUCAACAGGCACAGAUGAACAGGCACAAAAAAUUGUUGAAGAUAUUUUAGACAAUAAUACACUUUCAUCUGUAGCACAAAUAAGUCCAUUAAAUGAAUAUGACAACGAAUCAAUAUGCUCAUCGAAUAAAAAUGAAAAUUUUACACAGAAUACUACUACUACUACUACUAAUAAUAAUAAUACUUUAAUUCUUGAUACAGAGCAAUUAAAUAAAUCACCAUGUGAUACUAGUGAACAACAAAAACACUGCACUCCUAUUGAACAUGAUAAUUUAACAUUGAACGAAACCACAUUGGAACAUCAAACUCAUUAUGGCGGUGUUUUAAAACAAGAAACUGAUCAUAUUAAUGAAAUAGAACAAGAUUCUUUUGAAAUGAAUUUAAACAAAGUGGAUAUUUGUAAAGGUGAUGACGACAACAAUGAUGAUGAUAGUAAUAGUAAUAAUAACAAUGAUAAUAUGUGCCUUAACACUUCUUCAACAUUGAACACAUUACUGGAUCAAUCCGUUCAAGAAUCAAUCAACUAA